CAGUGAGCGGCGGUCAUGACCCAGUUGGCGGCAAUCAGCGACCCCCCACAAGUGUGCCUCCACUCUCCAUCCCUCUCGUACUGAAGAGAGAUCUGCAAAUAGAAAACACACACACACACACACACGUACACAAAGAAGGUUUUGGCGAUGUCAACUCCUUCCAGAGGCAAACAUAUAAUUACUGUUCUUUCAACAACCCCUGAGUCUAUCAGCUGUUAAGCAGAUGCCAGGAGGGUGAGUUGUGCCAGCGGGUAUCAAAAGCCAGACAGAUGUGUCAUGUGGACGUGCUGACAUACCUGCCAGGGCCAGCUGUGAGCCUUGGCGUCUUCUCCAUUGACUACACGGGAAGUCUGGGGCUCAAUGGGCGGGGUGCCACACCCGAGGGCUGCAGGAAGAGGACGUUUGAAGGGCAACAGGCAGCUCCUCCUGGUUGGGACGCAGAAACACACGCUAUUGGUUUGCACUGAGCCCCGGUGAUGAAGUUUCCAGCAGGCAGAGAUGCCCUCAGGCCAUGGGGUUGGAGAGUGUGGCCCCUCUGGUGACUUCAGUGGAGGAGUGCCCCGAUCCCAUUGGUACCGCCAUCAAGGGAACCAUCCCCUUGUGGAUAAACGGGAGCUUCCUGAGGAACGGGCCUGGGAAGUUUGAAUUUGGCCAAGACAGAUAUACCCACUGGUUUGACGGCAUGGCCAUGAUGCACAGAUUUUACAUCAGCGAGGGCGAGGUCACGUACAGCAGCCGCUUCUUGAGAAGUGACUCGUACGUGCACAACUCCGAGAAGAACCGCAUCGUGAUCUCGGAGUUCGGGACGUUGGCCAUGCCCGAUCCUUGCAAGAACAUCUUUGCUCGAUUCUUCUCACGCUUUCAGAUCCCAAAAGCGACAGACAACGCCAGCGUGAACUUUGUCAAGUACAAGGGCGACUAUUAUGUCAGCACAGAAACCAACUACAUGAGACGAAUAGAUCCUCAAACUUUGGACACAAAAGAGAAGGUGGACUGGAGUCAGUACAUCGCCGUCAACUCGGCCACAGCUCACCCGCACUACGACCGCCAAGGGGCCACGUACAACAUGGGCAACUCCCAUGGAAAAGGAGGUUUCUUCUACAACAUCAUCCGUGUGCCCCCACCCGAGGAGACGGGGGCGAGUGAGGAUUGCGCGAACCUGAACGGAGCCAAAGUGCUGUGCUCCAUCCGAGCACGUGAACCCAGAAAACCUUCGUACUAUCACAGCUUCGUCAUGUCAGAGAACUACAUCGUGUUUGUGGAGCAACCCAUCAAGUUGGACCUGCUCAAGUUCAUGCUGUACCGCAUCCAAGGAAAGAGCUUUCACAAGGUCAUGACCUGGGAGCCGCAGUAUGGUACCAUCUUCCAUCUGGUCCACCGGCACACUGGCCAAGUGAGUGCGGUGACGUACCGAGCGGCGCCCAUGUUCGCGCUGCAUCAGAUCAAUGCCUUUGAGGACGACGGCUUUCUCGUCAUGGACAUGUGCUGCGGCGAUGACGGCGAGGUCAUCGGAGACUUCACCCUGGAGAACCUACGCAGAGGUCCGGGACAGGAAAUGGACAAGUUUUACAACUCCCUGUGCAGAAACCUGCCCAGAAGAUACGUCCUCCCUUUGAAUGUUGACCAACAAGCCCCUCUGGACCAGAAUCUGGUGACCCUGCCAGGCUAUAAAGCUACGGCCAAGAAGACCUCGUCUGGAGAGGUUUUUCUGACCCACGAGGAUCUUUACGACGACCAGCUGCUGCAGUACGGCGGCCUGGAGUUCCCCCAGAUCAACUACGAGCGCUGCAAUGCUCGACCCUACCGCUAUUUUUACUCCUGUGGCUUCGGACACGUCUUCAGUGACUCCCUGCUCAAGAUGGACGUGCACACCAAAGAACUCAAGGUGUGGCGGUAUCCCGGCUUGUUCCCGUCUGAGCCUGUCUUUGUUGCUUCGCCCGAGGCCACGGAGGAAGAUGAUGGCGUCGUGUUGUCAGUCAUCAUCACACCCCGAGAAGACAAAAGUACAUUCCUUCUCGUUCUGGAUGCCAAGACUUUCACGGAACUGGGCAGAGCAGAAGUCCCAGUCAAUAUCCCGUAUGGCACACAUGGAGUGUUCAAUCACAUGGCCUAACAGGGAGGUGCAAACUUUCUACAGUGAGGGCCGCACACUGAGAAAUGAAAACAUGUUGAUGAAAACCAAUGCAGUACAUAUUGUAACCAUGAGGGCUCCCCUCAAUGUUGGUGAACGUUUAUUGUCCCUGGGAUCCAAAAGGGUCUAAGUCAUUAAAGUGCUCAAGUUAAAACUUAA